UCUCUCCAUUCUUAGCUAAGAACUUCACUAAGAAAUUCUUUGGCACAUCAAAAUGAGGUGCGAUUGAAAUCAAGCAAUUUAUGGCACUCCAAUAAUUUGAUCCUACCUACUUUUCUAAGCCUGAAUUCAAUCUUUACACUCCCAAAUUCAUGCAUCCACCCAAUUUUAAUCUCUCACUCAUUACUUAUAUUUUCUCCAAGCAUUUGCACCUCCAUUUUCCCAAGAAAUGAAAUGAACAUGCGGUGCCAUACACGAAAAGAUGAAUACAAUUUGGUGGCAGAUCUGAUGGAAGCACAAAAACACUUCGAUGUUCGUCUACUUUUUUACGCUUAAAAGCCGUGGCAGCUCGUGCGAGUGGAAUAACUCGUACGGUACUCCGCGAGCCAGCCCAUGGCUCUCGCCGCGCACCACCUUAUCCGAUAUCCUCCUCGGCCGCUCUCCUCUAAGGCAGAGCGAAGUCUUAAUCUUUCUUCGACACCCAGCUUCUUCGCCAAGGCCCAGGACGGAGAACGCAAGAGCGGAAGGAGGAUUUGGCGGCGCCGGAAAUUGACUAAGAAAGAUGACAAAUUGCAGUAUAAGAUGGAGAGAAUCCCUUUCAUUGAAGAACAAGUGAGGAAGGUAAGGGAGAAUGGAAAGAUCGUAUCUAUGGACAUCGAGAGGCUGAUGCUAUCAGAAGAGAACAGGUUUGCUUUUGUGAAUGACGUGGCUGCAGAGGCCACAUCUUAUGUUGAGAAUAACAGGGAUGAGUAUGGAUCCAAGAAAGCCAUAUUACAUGUGCUCAGCAACCGCAUGAAUGAUGCUGGAUUCUAUCGUCCAGAAGCUUAUAUGGAAACUGACCCCUUCAAGCCUGGGCCAUUGUAUAUAAGAGAAGAAUUUUAAGAAUUUAAUUUUCAGUUUCACUCGUAGGUAGGAAGAAGUCUUUGCCAACCAUAUUGCAGUUUCAACACCAUUAACAAAUCUGAGACUGGACCAUGUGUAAUCAUCGAGAAGUUGAGACUCAUGUGUCAUUGUGUACUAUUUGCACUGCUUAUUUUUCCAGUGUUACAUUAUAAAAAAAAAAAGGUAUCUGGAGCACACAGAACGGGUGUUAUAUGUUCUGGGCUGCUGGUGCAGACUGGCUGCAUGUCUUGUCGAAUUAAUCGUGGAAUUUAGUGUCUUUUCAG